AUGGCCACGAACAGACCAGAAUAUCGCGAUUCAAGAACACCACGUGCUGUCAAGGUCUAUACCAUUGCACAAGAAUCGCGGUACUUGCUCAUUGAGAACGUCCCUGCUCUCAAUUUGUCGGACGAAUUGCUGAGAACAUUAUCCAAGUUUGGAUCGGUGGAAAUCUUUCGUAAAGUAGAAGGCAGUGAUGGCGGUGAGCAGUUUAGCGAUGUUUAUUGGGCGCAAUUCGACACAAUUGCUGCGUCCCGAUUAGCCAAGCGCAUGCUGGAUGACAAGCCAUUCUACGCAAACUUGUUGCGUAUCAGCUAUGACUUUGAGCACGAAACACCGGAAGAUAUCCGUGCUAAAAUCCAAGAUCGACAAAUUGUGGUAAGCAACAAGUUGGUACCAUCCAAAAAGAAAUUCGCAAGAGGAAAAAAGCGAGCGACAGUGUCGGAUGAGCCACCUUUAUACGGUCCUUUCAAACCAACAAGAGCGGCCGCCCAGCCUGUGAGAGGUCAUCCAACCAUGGUCGAAUCAAUCCCAGCGCCGAAAAAGCGACGUCGAAUUUAA